CACUCUCCUUUGACGAUCUUUCCAAAGCUCCCCAACAUUGCUCUUAAUAAUACUCCCCUCUCUUUCUCGGCCCCCAUUUCAAUUCCUCUCCCUCUCGGAUCAUCUCGAUUCCGCUCUCAGAGAGCGAUCUGAUUGGCGGAAUUGACAAACUAUGGCGACGACGUUAGCUCAUUCGACGCUGGCGUUUACUGCAGCUUCCGGUUCGGCUUCGGAUGCGUUUAGGAGCUCCAGCAAUGGAGUUAAUGGUGUUCCUUUGAGAGCUCUAGGAAAGGCGAGGUUCAGCAUGAAGAGGAACCUUGCGGUUACGGCUAAGCUCAGGAAGGUGAAGAAGCACGACUAUCCAUGGCCGGCGGAUCCGGAUCCGAAUGUUAAAGGAGGAGUGCUUACUCAUCUCUCUCACUUCAAGCCGUUGAAGGAGAAGCCCAAGCCGGUUACUCUGCCGUUCGAGAAGCCUCUUGUCGAAAUCGAGAAGAAGAUCAUUGAUGUGCGGAAGAUGGCGAACGAAACUGGACUGGACUUCAGUGAUCAAAUUAUUUCAUUGGAGAAUAAACACCAACAGGCUUUAAAGGACUUAUAUUUAAAUCUCACUCCUAUACAACGUGUAAAUAUUGCACGACAUCCUAACAGGCCAACUUUCCUUGAUCAUGUGUUUAACAUUACUGAUAAGUUUGUAGAGCUUCAUGGAGACCGAGCAGGGUAUGAUGAUCCUGCUAUUGUCACUGGUAUAGGAACUAUAGAUGGUAAUAGGUAUAUGUUUAUGGGUCACCAGAAAGGUAGAAACACGAAGGAAAACAUUCAGCGCAACUUUGGGAUGCCUACUCCUCAUGGUUACCGGAAGGCUCUGCGCAUGAUGUACUAUGCAGAUCACCAUGGGUUCCCUAUUGUUACUUUCAUUGAUACUCCCGGUGCAUAUGCAGACCUUAAAUCUGAGGAGUUGGGCCAAGGUGAAGCCAUAGCUCACAACUUGCGGACUAUGUUCGGUCUGAAGGUACCAAUUGUUUCUAUUGUCAUUGGGGAAGGUGGAUCUGGUGGUGCCCUUGCCAUUGGCUGUGCCAAUAAACUAUUAAUGCUUGAAAAUGCAGUUUUUUAUGUUGCCAGUCCUGAAGCAUGUGCAGCAAUCUUGUGGAAGACCGCCAAAGCUUCUCCAAAGGCAGCUGAGAAGCUGAAAAUUACUGCAUCUGAGUUGUGCAAGUUGCAAAUUGCAGAUGGCAUCAUUCCUGAGCCUCUUGGUGGAGCACAUGCAGAUUCCUUGUGGACCUCUCAACAGAUCAAAAAUGCAAUUAACAAAGAAAUGGAAGAGCUUAAAAAGAUGGACACUGAAGCACUAUUAAAGCAUCGGAUGAUGAAAUUCCGCAAGAUUGGUGGGUUUCAAGAAGGAAUCCCUAUAGAUCCGAAAAAGAAAAGGAACAUGAAACUGAAAGAGGAACCCAAAGCUGUAAAGACUGCAGUUGUGGAUUUAGAGGGUGAAGUUGAAAAGGUCAAAAUGCAAAUUUUGGAGGCAAAGAAAUCCUCUGAUAAGCCUGCAUUGUUGCCUCUGACUGAGACAAUAGAAAAACUGAAAAAGGAGGUUGAUAAUGAGUUUGCUGAGGCAGUUAAUGCCCUAGGCUUGAAAGACAGGUUUGAAUCAUUGCAGGAAGAAUUUUCGAAAGUAAGUUCACAGGACCAACUCAUGCAUCCAGCUCUGAAAGAAAAGAUUCAAAAGCUUAGGCAUGAAUUUACCCAGAGCCUGUCAUCUGCUCCUAAUUAUGAAGACUUGAAGUAUAAACUUGACAUGCUGAAGGAAUUAUCAAAAGCAUAUAAAUACGAGGAGAAGAACAACAGGGCUGCUACAUUGAAGCAGGAAGUUAACAGUAAAUUUAACGAGAUCAUGGAACGGCCAGAUGUUAAGGAAAAAACUGCUACACUUAGGGCAGAGAUUGAAAAUGCCGGGGUGUCCAACCUUGAUGAUUUGGAUGACAGCCUGAAGGGUAAAAUUUUGGAAUUGAAGAAAGAGUUGGACACUGAAUUUGUUGGUGUCCUCAAGUCCUUGGGAUUGGAUGUUCAGAAAAGACCAAAGGAACCAAUUGAGCAAAUUUUGCCCUCAGAAGUGAAGACCAAGAUUGAAGAAUUGGAUGAAGAAAUUAAUCACAAGAUUGAAAAUGUUAUCAAUUCAUCAGACUUGAAAGACAAAAUUGAGUUACUAAAGUUGGAAGUAGCGAAGGCAGGAAAGAAUCCUGAUUCAGCAACGAAAAAUAGAAUUGUGGCUUUGGAGCAACAAAUCAAACAAAGCUUGGCAGCAGCUGUGGAGGCAUCAAACUUGAAAGAGAAGCACGAAAAGCUUAAGGCUGAGGUUUCCAAAACCAUUGAAUCUUCUGGAGGAUCGGACGGAAGCUUGAGAAAGGAAAAUCCAAAUGAAGUCUAUGUCUUCUGAGGAAUCUAGGGUAGAGUUUCACACAUUUGCUUAAUUACUCUUCUAGACAGCUCUUUAGCUGAUAACGUGCAUGGAAAGGAUUAUUCAGAACACAUGGGAGUGAUAUCGGAAAGUGCAGAAAUAGAGGAACCUUUCAGCUAUUGCUACUGCUCAGCAUCCAUUGACAACAUCUUGCAACAGUGUACAAGUUUUGCAUUUACGAGGAACCAGAAGGAGAAUUGUUAGCUCCACAUUUUCAUGAACAUUUUAAAUUUAUUUAGGGUUUUAUAAAUUAUUAAUGUUCCCCUUUUCUUUAGUUUGAGUGCGUUUCUAUUUCUCCUUUAUAUGAAUGGACUCCGACAUCCCAAUAAUAUUGAGUUUCUGUUGUAGAAUUUGAGUCACUUUGUAUAGGUUGUGUGGAGAGGCUAAUAAAUUAUUUCAAUACUUCUCUUGUAUACCCAUUGUUGGGCUGUUGGUUGUUAUCAUAAUAGCAAUAUGCUGUGUGUGGCCAAAUAAACUGUUCUGCACCUUGUUGGUACGGGAAGACUUUCUGAUAAUGAAUGAGACGUGCAAUUCCUGCAAGACUCAGGUUGAUCUUUUUACUUGAUUAUUCAUUACUGUUUAAAGCUUGAAGGCUUCAUCUUCUGAAGCACCCUAGUUUCUGAAGCAUGCUCAGCUUUAAUGGGUACGUCUUGGGAUGCUACAGAAACUCUAUCAUGCUCCGGAGCAUGUCUUACUCUAGGUUCUUCAACUGUUGAAUCUAACUUGACACUUGAAAGUUCAUAUGCUUCCGACGAUGGUAGAUUCAACUGUCAAAUCCAAUCAUAUGCUUCGGACGAUGGUAGUCAUGUUCCUGAAGUAAUGCAACUUUUGAAUAUUUUAGAUUUUAUUGGAGAGUUG